GGAGCAGAAGUGAUCUAACCUGUCGCGCGCGCGCGUCCCCUAACCUCUUCGCUACACGGUACGGCGUGACACGACGGCACAUCCGCUCGGAUAGGAAAACUCGAGGCGGUUAUGCCCGCAUAACGCAAACGGGCCGGUCUACGUACAACGUUGUUUGUCGACAGACGCGCGGAUCGGCGGAGGCAGGCGCGGCACGACGCGAGUCGGCGACGGUGAUCGCGCGUAAAAAUGAAAUGGGGCAUUGGGUGAAAGUACUCGCGGCAGCGGCGGCGACGGCAGCGGCAACGGCAAGCGAGCGUGCGAGCGAGCCUACCUCUUAUAUCAGAUCAGUACGAAUGCUGCGCAACCUGUGGUCCCUUUGUCUUCUCUUAUCGCUGGUCACUCUAGCUCCAGCGUUGGAGAAUGGACUGGCCAGAACACCUCCGAUGGGAUGGUUAGCGUGGGAAAGAUUCAGGUGCAACACAGAUUGCAAGAAUGAUCCAGACAAUUGUAUAAGUGACCGUCUCUUCCGGACCAUGACAGAUAUUGUGGUGGCAGAAGGGUAUGCUGCAGUAGGAUAUGAAUACAUUAAUGUGGACGACUGUUGGUUGGAGAAAGAAAGGGAUUUAAAUGGACAACUUGUACCAGAUAGAGAACGAUUCCCAUAUGGCAUGAAGAGUCUGUCAGAUUACGUGCAUUCGAAAGGUCUCAAGUUUGGUAUCUAUGAGGACUAUGGUAACUACACUUGCGCUGGAUAUCCAGGUAUAUUGGGUUACUUGGAUAUAGAUGCUACCACAUUUGCUUCCUGGGAUGUGGAUUAUGUAAAGUUAGAUGGUUGUUACUCGCAUCCUGUUGAUAUGGAUAGAGGCUAUCCCGAGUUUGGGUAUCUCCUAAAUCAGACUGGAAAACACAUGAUAUAUUCAUGCAGCUGGCCUGUUUAUCAAAUUUAUGCAGGUAUGAAGCCGAAUUACACCUCGAUUGCAGAAAACUGCAAUCUCUGGCGCAACUUCGACGACAUCCAGGACUCAUGGGCCAGUGUAGAGAGUGUCAUCGAUUACUACGGUAACAAUCAAGACGCGAUUGUGUCCAAUGCCGGUCCUGGGCACUGGAAUGAUCCAGACAUGUUGAUUAUCGGUAACUUUGGUUUGAGCUACGAGCAGAGCAAAACGCAAAUGGCGAUCUGGGCUAUACUAGCGGCACCAUUACUCAUGUCUGUUGAUCUCAGGACGAUUAGGUCAGAGUACAAAGCCAUCUUGCAAAACAAAAAGAUUAUCGCCGUAGAUCAAGAUCCAUUGGGCAUUCAAGGUCGACGGAUAUACAAACACAAGGGCAUUGAGAUUUGGGCAAGGCCCAUCACCCCUGUUUACCAAAACUACUACUCGUACGCGAUCGCGUUCGUCAACCGACGAACGGACGGCACGCCGUCGGAUGUGUCGGUCACGCUGAAGGAGUUGGGUCUACAGUAUCCUGCAGGAUAUCGAGUGGAGGAUUUGUACGAGGACGUGGAUUAUCACGUGCUGACGCCACAGACCAAGAUUAAGGUUAAAGUGAACCCGUCAGGCGUAGUGAUACUGCGAUGUAAUCUGAAUAUAGACGACGUGUUUCGCUACUCGCCGUAUUCGUCCUUGAAUCAAGUCUUUAAACUUAGGCAAAAUUCAUUUGAAUGAUCGUACGUUUAACGUAUUAUCUUAAUUUCUAUCGGCGUUUUUAACACGCGCGCACGUGCGAGCGCGUUACGUUCUAUAUUAACAUAAUAUAUAAUAUAAG